AAAGGGUCUGGAGCCUCGCUCGCCCCCAGCCAUCUGGGGUCCCCGGCACCCAGCUCCCCGACACAUCGGAGCCCCUCCUUGCCCUCUGAGUGAACUGGUCCCCAACAAGUCGGAGGAUGCAGCACCGAGGCUUCUUCCUUCUAGCCCUUCUUGCCCUCCUGGCGCUCACCUCCGCGGUGGCCAAAAAGAAAGACAAGGUGAAGAAGGGCAGCCUGGGGAGCGAGUGUUCCGAGUGGACCUGGGGGCCCUGCACCCCCAGCAGCAAAGACUGCGGCAUGGGUUUCCGUGAGGGGACCUGUGGAGCCCAGACCCAGCGCAUCCAUUGCAAGGUGCCCUGCAACUGGAAGAAGGAAUUUGGAGCCGACUGCAAAUACAAGUUUGAGAGUUGGGGGGCGUGCGACGGGAGCACUGGCACCAAAGCCCGCCAAGGGACCCUGAAGAAGGCUCGCUACAAUGCCCAGUGCCAGGAGACCAUCCGCGUGACCAAGCCCUGCACCUCCAAGACCAAGUCGAAGACCAAAGCCAAGAAAGGGAAAGGAAAGGAUUGACGUCAGGAUGCUGGAGAGCCUAUGUAUGGCCUUCCCUGGGUCCCGGAAGGAGCCUUCCUCUCCCACCAGCCCAAAAUAUAACCCACCAGUGCCUUUUGUCCAUGACGCCCUGCCUCUGCCCUCUCAUGCCCACACCAAGUGCCCAGAGUGGGGAGGGACAAGGGAUUCUGGGAAGCUUCAGCCUCCCCACAGAGGGAUCUGAUUCCCAGCACCCCAUUUUGUUCUCCCCACCCUGAUACCUGUUACUAAGAAAUGAAUAAAAUGAGCUCACUUUUUUUUCUCCAAUAAAAGCUUUUUUAAUAUAUAAAA